CGAAUGUAGGGAUAAAAAAAAAAAAAAUAUAAUAAAUAUAAUACCAACUAUACAAAUUCAAAUAUAACUAAAUUCAGAUACAUAUAUGUCUAAUGACAUUUUAAUUCGAGAAUAUUCGAAUAUAUGAUGUGAGUUUAUUUUUGAUGAGUGAGUGAAUUAAGGUAGUAAGAAAUGGAUUUUUGGAAUUUUAUUCGUAAUAUAUUUGGUGCUCAAAGUUCAAGAAACUUUAAUAAAGGAUUUGAUAAUUAUCAAAAUAAUGAGGAACGAGAUAAUAUUGAAAAUUCAAUAUGGGAAAUUGAUAUUAAUGAUAAUUCCAGUUUUUUCAGGGAAAGAAAUCACUUUAACAUCUUUAGUGAUCCAUUACAAAUAACACGAUACUUUGAAUCUGAAAUAGAAAAUAUGUUGACUUCUAUUUUUGGAUUUAAUAAUGGAGAUAAUGAUACAGGUAUAAGUGCAUUUUCAUUUGCACCACCACAGAGAAAAACUUUACGUGAUAACAUGUUGAAGCCAAACAACGAUCAGAUGGAAUUAAAACUAGAUACAGAUUUAGAUGGAAGAGUUUCUGUAGACAAUUUUUCUAAUGUUUGGGAUGAGUGUAAAAAGCCAAAAUUUGAAAUAUUACGACCUACCAUAAUUGGAAGAUCUGUGAGGAAAGAAUAUAUUCGUAAACCUGAUGGAACAAUAGAACAAAAACAAAUUAUUAAAGAUUAUGAAGGAAAUGAGGAAACUAUUAUAUCACACCAAAUUGGUGACAAAAUUCAUACUAUUAUUACAAAAAUAGACAAAAAUGGAAUAGAAACAAAAACAGAAGAUUUUUCUGAUAUAAGUGAAUGUGACUUAUUAGCAAGAAAAGGAAAAAAUAAUUUUCUUAAUAUUGAUUUGAAUUUCUUUCCUUGGGAAAAUUUUUUUAAAUUUGAUCCAUAAUUAUAAUCAAAUAAAAUUUAAUGAUUAUAGUAAAACUUAUAGGAAA